UCCGCCGACGCAAGAUGGCGGCGGACACAACAACGGAGCUUCUGUUUUUAGACACUUUCAAACACCAGAGCACGGAGCAAAGUACUAACGUAGACGUGGUCCGCUUCCCAUGUGUAGUUUACAUCAAUGAAGUGCGUGUCAUCCCUCCGGGAGUAAGAGCUCACUCUAACUUGCCUGAAAAUAGAGCUUAUGGUGAGACAUCCCCUCACACAUUUCAGUUGGACCUGUUUUUCAACAAUGUCAGCAAGCCAAGUGCCCCCGUAUUUGACAGGCUGGGAAGCCUGGAGUAUGAUGAGAACUCUUCCAUUAUUUUCAGGCCCAAUGCAAAGGUCAACACGGAUGGGUUAGUUCUAAGAGGCUGGUACAACUGCUUGACGCUGGCAAUAUACGGCUCUGUUGAUAGAGUAGUGAGCCAUGAUAGGGAUUCUCCUCCUCCUCCGCCGCCGCCACCCCCCCCUCCUCAGCAACAAACAACGUUGAAAAGAACUCCAAAACUUGCUGAUGGAGAGAAAGAGGAUCAGUUCAAUGGCAGUCCUCCACGGCCACCUCCUAGGGGACCACGGACUCCACCAGGCCCCCCUCCUCCUGAUGAUGAUGAAGAUGAGCCAAUGCCUGUGUCAGUGGUUGGAGAAAAGGAUGAUGAUGUUGAUCACAGAGAGGAUUACUUUGAGCCCAUUUCUCCUGAUCGGACAUCCGUUCAUCAAGAGGGUCCAUAUUCUGAUGAAGCAGAAGUGGAAGAGGACCAGCCAGAAGAAGUGGAGGAGGAUGAAGAGGGGGUGGAUGUUGAAGAAGAGGAGGAGGAGGAGGAAGAUGAUGAUGGUCAAACAGUAGAGAGUAUUCAGGAGGAAGAAGAGGAGGAGGAAGAAGAAGAGGAAGAAGAGGAGGAGGAAGAGGAAGAAGAAGAUGGCGAUGAAGAGGAGGAAGGUGAAGGGGACGAUGGUUACGAGCAGAUUUCAAGUGACGAAGAUGGAAUUGCUGACUUGGAACGUGAGACAUUCAAGUAUCCAAGCUUUGAUAUAGAGUACACCGCUGAGGAUCUGGCCAGAGUGCCCCCCGUGACCUACGAUCCUUUUGAUAGGGAGCUCGGGCCACUUCUGUACUUUGGCUGUCCCUACAAGACCACUUUUGAGAUGGAAGUUGCUAAAAUGAGAGAUCAGGAUCCAGACAAGGAAAAUUCUGGGGCAGUUGAGGCCUCCGUUAAAUUAACUGAACUCCUGGAAUUAUAUCAGGAGGAGAGAGGUGCAAAGUGGGUCACUGCUUUGGAAGAAAUUCCAAGUUUAAUAGUGAAAGGACUGAGCUACUUUCAGUUAAAGGACACAAAUCAGGAUUAUAUAAGCCAGUUGGUUGACUGGACGAUGCAAUCUUUAAACUUGCAGGUAGCCCUGAGACAGCCCAUUGCUUUGAAUGUCCGUCAGCUUAAAGCUGGGACAAAACUUGUCUCCUCGCUGGCAGAAUGUGGAACUCGAGGAAUAGCAGGACUCCUGCAAGCGGGAGUAGUCAGUUCUUUAUUUGAACUGCUCUUUGCGGAUCAUGUCUCUUCUUCCCUUAAGCUUAAUGCAUUCAAAGCUUUGGAUAGUGUCAUCAGCAUGACGGAAGGAAUGGAGGUUUUUUUGAGGAGUGGCUUAGAGGCACACGAAAAAAGUGGUUAUCAGCGACUACUGGAGCUUAUCUUGCUGGAUCAGACUGUAAGAGUAGUCACUGCAGGGUCUGCAAUUCUACAGAAAUGCCACUUCUAUGAGAUUUUGUCUGAGGUCAAGAAGUUUGCCGAUCAGUUGUCGGAAAAUCCUCCGUCCCUUCCUAAUCAUUCUGAGCCUGAGCAGGAUCCGGAUACUGAGCAGGAUCAGGACACUGAUGUGGAGGCCCCGAUGGAUAUGGACAACCUUUUGGAGUCCUCCAGUAUGAGUGAAGGAGAAGUAGAGAAGCUUAUUAACUUUUUGGAUGAAAUUUUGCAUUUGAUGGAGAAUGCCCCUCAUACAAUGAUCCAGCCGCCUGUGAAAUCUUUUCCGACAACAGCACGUAUUACAGGACCCCCAGAAAGGGAUGACCCUUUCCCAGUCCUCUUCAGAUACCUUCAUAAUCACCAUUUCUUGGAAUCUCUCACAUUGCUGUUGUCAAAUCCAAUUACAAAUGUGCAACCUGGGGUGCUUCAGGCUGCCAGGGAUAUAUUAAGGUUCCUGGCGCAGUCACAGAAAGGUCUCCUUUUUUUCCUCUCCGAGUACGAAGCCACAAAUUUGCUGGUCCGAGCCUUUUGCCAGUUUUCUGAUCCUGACCAAGAGGAAGGUCUCCAGACAGAUGGUGCGAGCGAUGAAGCAUUUCCCCUGUGGCUUCUGCAUUCAACGCAGACACUGCAGUGCAUUUCAGAACUUUUCUGCCACUUCCAGCGCUGUACAACCACAGAUGAAACUGACCAUUCGGAUCUCCUGGGAACACUUCAUAAUCUUUACUUGAUCACUUUCAACCCUGUAGGAAGAGCUGCUGUUGCCCAUGUCUUCAGCCUUGAGAAGAACCUCCAGAGUCUUAUUACUUUAAUGGAGUUCUAUUCCAAAGAGGCAUUAGGCGAUUCCAAGUCAAAGAAGUCAGUUGCCUAUAAUUAUGCCUGUAUCCUUGUUUUGCUGGUGGUUCAGUCCUCCGGCGAUGUCCAAAUGCUUGAGCAUUAUUCCGCACCCCUUUUGAAGCUUUGCAAAGCUGAUGAAAAUAACACCAAAUUGCAAGAACUUGGUAAAUGGCUGGAGCCUUUGAAAACCCUUCGGUUUGAAAUUAAUUGUAUCCCAAAUCUCAUUGAAUACAUUAAACAGAACAUUGAUAGCUUGAUGACCCAGGAAGGAGUUGGUCUUCCUACAGCACUUCGAGUUCUAUGCCAUAUUGCAUGCCCACCACCACCUGUCGAAGGUCAGCAGAAGGACCUUAAGUGGAACCUUGCAGUUAUUCAGCUGUUCUCUUCCGAAGGAAUGGACACUUUUAUCCGAGUUCUGCAAAAGCUAAACAGCAUCCUGAUUCAGCCCUGGAGGCUCCAUGUCAACAUGGGAACCACCCUUCAUAGAGUCACUACAAUCUCCAUGGCCCGAUGCACCCUCGCCCUCCUGAAAACCAUGUUAACUGAGCUGUUACGGGGAGGAUCCUUUGAGUUCAAAGAUAUGCGUGUUCCUUCAGCACUUAUUUCUUUACACAUGCUUUUGUGUUCCAUUCCCCUUUCGGGACGUUUAGACAGUGAUGAACAAAAAAUCCAGAAUGAUAUCGUUGAUAUUUUGUUGACUUUUACCCAGGGUGUUAAUGAAAAGCUAACCAUCUCAGAAGAAACUCUGGCCAAUAAUACUUGGUCACUCAUGCUAAAAGAGGUUCUCACUUCUGUUCUGAGAAUUCCCGAAGGAUUUUUCUCUGGUCUUAUACUGCUUUCUGAAUUGCUCCCUCUUCCACUGCCCAUGCAAACCACUCAGGUCAUUGAUCCACACGACAUAUCGGUGGCUCUCAACACCAGAAAGCUAUGGAGCAUGCAUCUUCACGUUCAAGCCAAAUUGCUGCAAGAAAUAGUCCGAUCCUUCUCUGGCUCCACCUGUCAGCCUAUCCAGCACAUGCUAAGGCGCAUCUGUGUUCAGUUGUGUGACUUGGCCUCACCAACUGCUCUCCUUAUUAUGAGGACUGUACUAGAUCUGCUUGUAGAAGAUCUACAAAGCAACCCAGAAGAGAAAGAGAAGCAAUACACUGGCCAGACGACCCGUUUGCUUGCAUUGCUAGAUGCCCUGGCUUCACACAAAGCUUGUAAACUCGCAAUUUUGCACCUGAUUAAUGGAACUGCAAAAGGCGAUGAAAAGUAUGUGGAAGUUUUCCCGGAGCUUUUGUCUUUAAUGCGAACUGCAGGGGACAACAUCAUUCAUCAGCAGUGUGCUGAAUACUUGGCUUCUAUUUUGCAGUCCCUCUGUGACCAGGAUAUUGCACUGGUCUUGCCCAGUUCCUCGGAGAGCACUCUCUCUGAGUUGGAGCAGCUUUCCAAUUCGUUGCCGAGCAAGGAACUCAUGGCUUCCAUCUGUGACAGCCUGCUGGAAACGCUUGCUAAUGCUGAAAGUAGCUAUAGCUGCCUGCUGACUUGUAUCAGGACAAUGAUGUUCCUCACAGAGCAUGAUUAUGGAUUCUGUCACCUGAAGAGCUCUUUAAGAAAACACUGUGGUGCUUUGCAAACUGUGCUGAAGCGAGUAAUAAGCAGCUUUACUAAGGACACGGGGGAACUUGCCUCUUCUUUUCUGGAUUUCAUGAGACAGAUACUAAAUUCUGAUGCACUGGGGUGUUGUGGGGAUGAUGGAAGUCUUGUUGAAGUAGAUGGAGCCCAUCCCACUAGGACAAUGGGUCUAACUACUGCAGAAUUAAAAUAUCAGUUAAAAAACAAAGAAGAAACUCCUGAAAAUCUGCUCCUUGAACUGGAGAAACUAGUUAUGGAGCAUUCUAAAGAAGACGACAGUGUGGAAUCUUUAUUGGACAACAUUGUUGGACUUCGGCAGAUGCUGGAAUCUGCUGGUGAAGCUUGUUCUCUGAGCGACCAAGAUGUAGAACCAAUCCUUCCCGCACCAGAAUCUCUCCAGCACCUUUUCAAUAACAGGACUGCAUACGUCUUGGCAGAUGUGAUGGAUGACCAGCUGAAGUCUAUGUGGUUCUCACCAUUCCAGGCUGAAGAAAUUGAAACUGACCUUGACAUGGUAAAGGUUGACUUAAUUGACCUGUCAGAAAAAGGAUGCAGUGACUUUGACUUGCAGGCGGAGUUGGAGAGGUCAUUUUUGUCAGAGCCUUCCUCUCCCGGUCGGACAAAAACUACAAAAGGCUUUACACUUGGCAAACACAAGCACGAGACAUUCAUAACUUCCAGUGGGAAAUCCGAAUACAUUGAACCUGCCAAGAGGGCCCACAUUGUGCCCCCGCCAAGAGGAAGAGGCAGGGGAGCCUUUGGCCAAGGCAUUCGGCCCCACGAUAUCUUUCGUCAGAGGAAGCAGAACACAAGCAGGCCACCCUCGAUGCAUGUCGACGACUUUGUGGCUGCAGAGAGCAAGGAAGUGGUUCCACCAGAUGGGAUUCCUCCUCCCAAGAGGCCACCAAAAGUGUCACAGAAGAUCUCUUCGCGUGGUGGGUUCUCAGGGAACCGAGGAGGGCGAGGAGCCUUUCACAGCCAGAAUAGGUUCUUCACACCACCUGCUUCGAAGGGGAACUAUAGCCGCCGUGAAGGAGCUAGAGGGUCUAGCUGGAGCGCACAAAGUUCUCCACGAGGGACUUACAAUGAAAGCAGAGGGGGCCAAAGCAAUUUUAACAGGGGCCCACUUCCACCUCUGAGGCCAUUAAGUUCUGCAGGCUACCGGCCAAGUCCUCGUGAUCGUGCUUCCAGAGGCCGCGGUGGAAUUGGGCCUUCUUGGGCAAGUGCAAAUAGCAGUGGGAGUGGCGGCUCAAGAGGAAAGUUUGUUAGUGGAGGCAGUGGAAGAGGGCGCCACGUCCGUUCUUUCACUCGAUAAAAAGACCUUUGAGAACAUCCUGACUGUGAACAUUUCAAGAUGGUGACAAAAAAAAAAAGCGCUUGAGGACCAAUGCUAGACUUACUGGUAUCUGAGGGCAGCAAGAAUUUUUGUUUUUGUUUUUGGGAAGAACCCAAUUUUGUUUGAUACGAGAUCUGAGAUUUCAAUAAAACUUUUUUUGUGUGUGUGUA